AUGGGGACAGCGUGGGGACAUCGUGGGGACAUCGGGACACCAGGCACUCCAGGUGCUCCAGGAGCAGCUGGGGACAUGGGGACAGCAUGGGGACAUCGUGGGGACAUCGGGACACCAGGCACUCCAGGUGCUCCAGGAGCAGCUGGGGACAUGGGGACAGCAUGGGGACAUC